UUUGUUGUUUGUUGGUUAGUUUUAGGUUUGUGGAAAGCUAUUUUUAUUAUUUUAAAAUGUUGAUAGAAAGGUAGAAAAAUGUCUCAAAUAAUGCUUAUAAUAGCUCUGGCCCACAUGGUGUACUGUCCAUUUACCAAAGUCGAGGAGAGUUUCAAUUUGCAGGCUGUGCAUGAUAUUUUAUACCAUAGAUUUAAUAUUUCUGAGUACGAUCAUCUAGAAUACCCAGGAGUAGUUCCCAGGACAUUUCUAGGGCCCCUUUUUAUAUCAUUUAUAGCUUCUCCAUUGAUACUUGUUUUAGACUUAUUAAAUUUAAGCAAAUUUUGGGCUCAAUACAUUGCCAGGGCUGUUUUAACUUUGAGUGUAAUUGUACCAUUCAAAAAACUAAGUCAAACAUUGGAGCAACAAUUUGGAGUCAGGUGGCUGCAAUGGUUUAUUGCUAUUACAGUUACCCAGAGCCAUUUUAUGUUUUAUAUGAGCCGGACUCUGCCAAACAUUAUGGCUUUACCUUUGGUAUUAUUAGCUAUAGAUGGUUGGCUUAGAAACCAUAAUAAAUGGUUUAUUUUGUCCUCUGGGGCAGCUAUAAUAAUAUUUAGAAGCGAGUUAGCAUUAUUUUUAGGGAUUUUAUUGAUCCAUGAUUUAUUCUACCAGAGAAUUACUAUAAAGCAGCUGCUACAAAUAGCUAUCCCAGGUGGUAUAGGGUUCUUACUAUUAUCAGUAGUAGUGGACUCAAUUUUCUGGAACAGGCCUCUAUGGCCUGAAGGUGAAGUGUUUUGGUACAAUUUUGUUUUGGAUAAAAGCUCUAACUGGGGUACCUCACCAUUUUUAUGGUAUUUCUACUCUGCUUUGCCUAGAGGAUUAGCUGCCUCAACUUUCUUGGUACCCAUUGGCUGUGUUUUGGACCCAAGAGCCCGCAAACUAGUAGCUUUAGGUCUCUGUUUUGUUUUUUUGUAUUCAUUUCUACCUCAUAAAGAGCUACGGUUCAUUAUUUAUGUAUUUCCAUUUUUGAAUGUAGCCGCUGCAACUGCUUGCCAUAGAAUUUGGGAAAACCGUCAUAAGUCCCCAAUUUAUCACUUGUUAUCAUUAGGGGCUGCUGGGCAUCUGGCAAUAAAUGCAGUAUUCACAUUAUUCUUGCUAAGUAUUUCGGGUACUAAUUAUCCUGGAGGUACUGCUAUAUCUCAUUUACAUCGUUUAGCUAGAAAUGAGCCCUUUGUGCAUGUUCAUUUGGCAAAUUUGGCUUGUCAAACUGGAGUUUCCCGGUUCACUCAAGUGAAUUCUUCUUGGAUAUAUGAUAAAAGUGAGAAUUUGAUGACAACCAAUAAAGAUAUUUUUAAAUUUACUCACUUAGUUGAAGAAGGAAAAAGUAAAUUUGCUCAAAAUUUGAAAAAUUUAGCCCCUACUCAUGAUAUUAUCGACGUUAUAGAAUCUUUUAGUCAAAUUUCUUUUAAUUAUUUUCAAUUGCCUCCUGUUAAGAUUAAAACUAAACCUGUCUUAUAUAUUUUGAGACGUAAAAAUCACUAUGAAAAUUUUCUGAGCAGUCAGGAAUUUGAUUUGUCUUCUGGUGAUGUUGAGAAAAUCAAUAUUAAGGUAGAAAAUAUCGGAAGCGAGGAAGAAGAAUCUUUAAAUGGCAAAAUUGAAGAAACUUCUAUAAAAAAUGUUAAAAAAUUAAUUCAGAAUGAUGAUUUUGUCGAACGACAAUCGGAGACAGCUGCAAUGAAUAAAAAAUUUAAAAAAAAUAUACUCGAACAGCCAGAAAGGUCUAAAGUUAUGAAAAAUGAAGAAAAAAGGCUUUUGUCAGCAGAAGAUGCAGAAACUUCAAAUAUUAAAAAUGAACAAGACAUUUUGGUUAAUGAAGAAAUAAAUGUUCCUGAAAUAGUGAAAAAACAAAAGAAAAUAAAGCAACAAGAGAAAGUCAUAGAGAUAUUCGAUGAGAAGGAUUUAAAAAUACCAGCAUUAAAGGGGAAUUUGGAAAAGCCAGUUUUUAGAACAGACAAGAGGAAAACAUUGAAACGUCCCUAUAAAGAAGUUUCUCAUGUAGGAGAAAGUUUUGAUCCGGAAAACCUAAAAGUUGAGUAUGUAGAAAAUGGAAUAUCUAGAGAAGAUUCCAGGAGAUCCAAAAAACUGGAAGCGAGAUCUAUAAAACAUCCAGUAGAAGCCAAACAGUUUGACGGAAUAGAACAGAGUCGAGAAAAUAAAAUACUUGGAGAAGAACAAGAAAAAAACUACCAAAAACCCAAUAAAUCUGGAACAAUACCUAUAAAAUUUGUACAUGAAAGAAACGAUGACAAUUUAGAAAAUGAAGAUUUAAGACAAAUGGAAAAUGAGAAGUUGAAAAAAGAAAAAGAAUUGGAAAAUGAAAUAUUGGAAGGACAACAAAAGGCAAAUUUCCCAAAACACAGGCAACCUGAAACGAAAUCUGUGUAUAUUUCAAGUAAAAGAAGCAGUGAAGACUUAGGGCAAUUGGAAGAAACAGAAAUUAGAUUGGAAAAUGAAAUAUCUAUGGAAUCAGAAGAACAUAUCCAGAUUGCAGAACGAAAUGGAACGGAAACCACCAAAUUUCUUCAUGAAAGAAGCAAUGAAGAUUUAGGACCGGUGGAAGACACAGAAAAUAAUUCCAUAAACAAAAUAUCUGGAGACGGGAAUUCCCAGAAAUCGAAAAAACCUGAAAAAAAAUCUACAAAGUUUGUACAUAAAAAAAAUCAUGACAUUCUGGAAGAAAAAGGGUUCACACAAGCUGAAGCUAAAAUGGUGGAAGGAAUAGAAAAUGAAAUAUCUAAAGAACAGAAUGAGGGAAAUAUCAAGAAACAUAAAACGCCCAAUAAGUUUUUUUUCAAAGGCGGCUCUAAUAUGUACCAAAAUGGACAUAAAGAGACGGAUAAAUCAAUGGCAGAUCCUUCUGGAACAGCAACAAAAAAAUAUGUUCCAGGAGAAUCGUUCCAUGUGAAACAAAAUAUCAAAAAAAUCAUCCAAAAAUACAAAAGAAAAAACCUUGAUCAAUUAACAGUUAAAAAACUAUCAGUUGACGAAGAAAUAUCAAAAAUUGAACAUCAAAUAACGGAAAUAAUUGAAAAUAACCCGAACAUAAUUAACAAAGACUACAUAAGAGCGAAAUUAAGUGAAACAAUUAAACAUGAACUAAUUAAUGCUAUGGUUGUUGAUGACCCAAAUCAUUUACAAACAGUAACGACAAAAUCGGGAAUAGAAACCAUGGGAAAAAAUAGUAAAAAAGAUGAAUCCAAAUUGGAGUUAGUAAAAAAAGUGAAAAUGGCCACAGAAAGAUUAGAUAAUAUUAUUAACAUUAUUGACGAUAUUGUGGAUACGAUCGAAAUAAUGGAUGAAGAAUAAAAGUUUGGGUGUGUUGUGUUUGUAUUUUUAUGUUUUGAGACUGUUAAUAAAUUGUUUUUUUUUUUCGUUUAAAUUUUAUGUUAUUCCUUAUUUUGAAAAUUGAAAAAUGUAAGUACCAAAAACAAAUCCCUUAGUUUUUGGUAAAUU